AUGAUACAAAACUACUUAGGACGAAGAUGUUUCAAUAACCAUGCAAUUCAUACAUAUGUCAAACAAAAUGCUGCUGUCGCCCAUUCGACGGUAUUUCAAGGAAAUCUUUAUGAAUAUACGGUGAUGAGGGAGUUAUCUGAAAAACUACGAAUGACCAAAAUAAGGAAAACCGGAGGCGCCCAUGAUGGAGGCGUAGAUAUAAAGGGAAAUUGGCCAGUAGAUGAUAUCUACUGGAAAACUUCAUCGCUUAUACCCAGUUCUGAAAUAGCCAAUAAUACAAAAAGAACAAACUCACAAAAUGGCUUCGUUUUGAAGCCUCUGAAGUAUAGGAUAAUUGACGAUACUUUUGAACCAUUGAAAGUAUUAGUCCAAUGUAAAGCUUUUACCAAAUCAAAAUUAUCUCCCAGAGAAUUCCGUGAGCUGGUGGGAACAUUCACCUCGUUAGUAUCUCAUAAUCAACGCAACAAAACUGUAUGUAUUAUGUGUUCCCCUCAUUUGUUAACAAAGGACACCCUAAAACUUAUCAAUAACAUCUCACUUCCUCUGAUAUAUUUACGUGUCGAAAUGCUGAAAGAAAAGACCGACGGGGACUUUGACUUAAUCAAUUCAGGGAGACUAGUCAAUUAUUAUGAAAAUUCAUAUGCCUCUACAUUGCUACAAGAUUGCAAGAUUCCCGAAUGGCUAAAGUUGGGGGUGUACAAAAAUAGUGAGUUUGGUUCAGAAAAAUGA